AUGUCAUAUGUGAUGGACGAAACAGAAGAAGGAAUAAAUAUAGAUAAUACACAACAUGAUUUAGAACUUGAUAGAGACUCCUCGACCCAACAGCCUGCACAGACACACGAAGAUGAUGGUGAUUUGCUUGGGUUGGACAAACCAAUCAAACUAAAAACGCGUGCCAAAAUAGCUAAAGUUGAUAAUCAGAGAAUUUUCAACCACAAUGGUAUACCCUUACUUGUGAAAACACAUUCCAAAUUGUUAAGAACACUUAAGAAGAAUGAUAAAAACUUCUAUUCAGAACCAAGAAGCUCAAUAUCAAAAAGCCAGAAAUUUGAGCACGAGUAUGAGAACUUGAGUUCAGUAUUGCAAUUCUAUCAAUUGUGGUGUCAUGGCUUGUUUCCAAAGGCAACUUUUAAAGAUUGUAUCCACUUAAUUCGAGCACUCGGUGCUAGGUCACCACAACUCAGAUUGUAUAGAAGAGAAUUAAUAGCAGCCGAAUUGCAUAAAUUAAAGGUUGCCAAGGGAAUAAUAGCUGAUGAAAAUCAAGACGCACCAAGUAUCCCAGAGGAAGAGAAUACAACGGAUCCUAGUAAUGAGGAAUGGAAUUCUAUGCAUAUGUCAGCUUUAGUACCAGGUUCUUCAAACAAAAACGGUCUCUUUGUGGAUUCUAACAGUAAUGAAGACUUUGAAACAACAAAUGAGGUGAAUGCUGCUGCUAGUUUAGCGGACAAGGACGCUUUAUCCACCGAUGAUAAGGCUGAACAAACAAAUGCUAUCACUUCCGACACACACAACAAUGAUGUCGACUCCGAUGACCCUUUUAGUGACGAUGAUGAUAUAAAUAUAGAUGCUCAUACUGAAAAUUUGCAUCCAGCUUCCGGUACACAACAUCAAGACCGUCCCAAGGAAACAACCGAAGAAAAUGAGGACUUGGAAUUAGAACUAAUGAGAGAGUACGGCGCAUAA